AUGUUUAAAUCAAUUAUUCGUCAAAGAAGCAGCUUUUUGGGACAAAGGUUCAGAAACUUGGCCACCAGUGCUAACGCAGAAACCAGAAUGAAGAAAUUCCAAAUUUACAGAUGGAAUCCUGAUACCCCAGAAGUCGAACCAAAAAUGAAGACUUACGAAGUCGACUUGAAUCAAUGUGGUCCUAUGGUCUUGGAUGCUAUUUUAAAAAUCAAAAAUGAACAAGAUGCCACUUUGACUUUCAGAAGAUCUUGUAGAGAAGGGAUUUGUGGAUCCUGUGCUAUGAACAUUGGAGGUAGAAACACUUUAGCUUGUUUGUGCCGUAUAGAAGAAGACACAUCCAAGGACUUGAAAAUCUAUCCAUUACCACAUAUGUUCGUUGUUAGAGAUUUGGUGCCAGAUUUGACCCAUUUCUACAAGCAAUACAAGUCUAUUCAACCAUACUUGCAAAGAGACACCCACCCAGAAGACGGACGUGAAAACUUACAAAGUAUCGAAGACAGAGCUAAGUUAGAUGGUUUAUACGAGUGUAUUUUGUGUGCUUGUUGUUCUACUGCUUGUCCAUCAUACUGGUGGAACCAACAAGAAUACUUGGGUCCUGCCGUGUUGAUGCAAGCCUACAGAUGGUUGAUUGACUCAAGAGAUCAAGCCUCGAGAGCCAGAAAGGAAAUGCUCCAAAACUCCAUGUCCUUGUACAGAUGUCACACCAUUAUGAACUGUUCCAGAACCUGUCCAAAGGGUUUGAAUCCUGGUAAAGCCAUUGCUGAAAUCAAAAAACAAUUAGCCUUUGAUUAA